AACAACCACAGCGUGCGCAAGUGCGGCUACCUGCGCAAACAGAAGCACGGCCACAAACGCUUCUUCGUGUUGCGCGGCCCCGGCGCCGGCGGCGACGAGGCGACUGCGGGCGCGGGCGGGGGGUCGGCACCGCAGCCGCCGCGGCUCGAGUACUACGAGAGCGAGAAGAAGUGGAGGAGCAAGGCGGGCGCGCCGAAGCGGGUGAUCGCCCUCGACUGCUGCCUGAACAUCAACAAGCGCGCGGACGCCAAGCACAAGUAUCUGAUCGCCCUCUACACCAAGGACGAAUACUUCGCCGUCGCGGCGGAGAACGAGCAGGAGCAGGAGGGCUGGUACCGCGCGCUCACCGACCUGGUCAGCGAGGGCCGCGCGGCCAGCGACACGGCCAGCGGGGCCACCGGCGGGUCCUGCAGCGCCUCCCUGCCGGGCGCCCUAGGCGGCUCUGCGGGCGCCGCCGGCUCCGAUGACAGCUACGGGCUCGUGGCGCCCGCCACGGCUGCCUACCGUGAGGUGUGGCAGGUGAACCUGAAGCCCAAGGGCCUGGGCCAGAGCAAGAACCUGACGGGCGUGUACCGGCUGUGCCUGUCGGCGCGCACCAUCGGCUUCGUGAAGCUCAACUGCGAGCAGCCGUCGGUGACGCUGCAACUCAUGAACAUCCGCCGCUGCGGCCACUCUGACAGCUUCUUUUUCAUCGAGGUGGGCCGCUCGGCCGUCACGGGCCCCGGCGAGCUAUGGAUGCAAGCCGACGAUUCCGUGGUGGCGCAGAACAUCCACGAGACCAUCCUGGAGGCCAUGAAGGCGCUGAAGGAGCUCUUCGAAUUCCGGCCGCGCAGCAAAAGCCAGUCGUCGGGGUCGUCGGCCACGCACCCCAUCAGCGUCCCGGGCGCGCGCCGCCAUCACCACCUGGUCAACUUGCCCCCUAGCCAGACGGGCCUGGUGCGCCGCUCGCGCACGGACAGCCUGGCCGCCACCCCGCCGGCUGCCAAGUGCAACUCGUGCCGGGUCCGUACGGCCAGCGAGGGCGACGGCGGCACAGCCGCUGGGACCGGCACGGCGGCAGGCAGGCCGGUGUCGGUGGCUGGGAGCCCCCUGAGUCCCGGGCCGGUGCGCGCGCCCCUGAGCCGCUCGCACACCCUGAGCGGCGGCUGCGGCGGCCGCCAGAGCAAAGUGGCGCUGGCGCCGGCAGGGGGAGCCCUGCAACACAGCCGUUCCAUGUCCAUGCCGGUGGCGCACUCACCCCCGGCAGCCACCAGCCCCGGGAGCCUGUCCUCCAGCAGUGGGCACGGCUCGGGCUCCUAUCCGUUACCUCCCGGUCCCCACCCGCACCUGCCACACCCGUUGCACCACCCCCCUGGCCAGCGCCCCUCCAGCGGCAGCGCCUCUGCCUCGGGCUCCCCCAGUGACCCAGGCUUCAUGUCCCUGGACGAGUACGGCUCAAGCCCUGGCGACCUGAGAGCCUUCUGCAGCCACCGGAGCAACACACCCGAGUCCAUCGCGGAGACCCCGCCAGCCAGGGACGGCAGCGGGGCCGAGCUCUACGGGUACAUGACCAUGGAUAGGCCCCUGAGCCACUGUGGUCGCCCCUACCGUAGGGUCUCUGGGGAUGGAGCUCAGGACUUGGACCGAGGGCUAAGGAAGAGGACUUACUCCCUGACCACGCCUGCCCGGCAGCGGCCAGUACCCCAACCCUCCUCUGCCUCCCUGGAUGAGUACACCCUCAUGCGGGCGACGUUUUCAGGCAGCUCAGGCCGCCUCUGCCCAUCUUUCCCUGCGUCCUCCCCCAAAGUGGCCUACCACCCUUAUCCCGAGGACUAUGGGGACAUUGAGAUAGGCUCUCAAAAGAGCUCCAGCAGUAACCUGGGGACUGAUGAUGGUUACAUGCCCAUGACCCCUGGGGCGGCCCUCAUGAGUGGUGGCCCCGGUAGCUGCAAGAGCGAUGACUACAUGCCCAUGAGCCCCACCAGCGUGUCUGCCCCCAAGCAGAUACUGCAGCCCAGGCCUGCAGCAGCGGCCUUGCCCCCCUCUGGAGCAGCGGUUCCAGCUCCCCCUUCUGUGGUGGGCAGAACCUUCCCAGUGAAUGGAGGCAGCUACAAGGCCAGCUCCCCAGCAGAGAGCUCCCCCGAGGACAGCGGGUACAUGCGCAUGUGGUGUGGUUCCAAGCUGUCCAUGGAGAGCGCUGACCCAAAGCUGCUGCCCAACGGGGACUACCUCAACAUGUCCCCCAGUGAGGCGGGCACCGCCGGCACCCCUCCUGACUUCUUCUCAGCAGCUUUGCAGGGAGGCGGGGAGGGCCUCAAAGGCGUCCCUGGUUACUGCUAUGGCUCUUUGCCCCGCUCUUAUAAGGCCCCGUACCCCUGCAGCGGGGACAGCGACCAGUAUGUGCUCAUGAGCUCCCCUGUGGGGCGGAUUUUGGAGGAGGAAAGGCAGGAGUCCGAGGCCACCCCAGGGACCUCCCAAUUGCCUGGCACCUUUGGGGCAGGUGGAGGUGGCCAUACCCAGCCUCAUCACUCAGCAGUGCCUUCUCCCAUGAGGCCGAGUGGCUGCAGUGGCCGCCCUGAGGGCUUCCUGAGCCAGCGCUGCCGAGCAGUACGGCCCACUCGUCUGUCACUAGAGGGGCUUCAGACCCUUCCCAGCAUGCAUGAGUACCCUGUGCCUGCAGAGCCCAAGAGCCCUGGCGAGUACAUCAACAUUGACUUUAGCGAGGCAGGUGCUCAUCUGUCCCCGCCUGCCCCCCCACUGCUGGCCUCGGCUGCCUCAUCCUCUUCCUUGCUAUCUGCCAGCAGUCCUGCCUCCUCUUUGGGCUCAGGCACCCCGGGCACCAGCAGCGACAGUCGGCAGCGCUCCCCACUCUCUGACUAUAUGAACCUCGAUUUCAGCUCUCCUAAGUCCCCCAAACCUGGUACCCACAGUGGGGAACAAGCCGGCUCUCUGGAUGGCCUCCUCUCCCCAGAGGCCUCUUCCCCAUACCCACCUCUGCCCCCACGUCCUUCGGCCUCCCCAUCCUCCCUGAAGCAGCCUCUGCCACCUGCCCCAGGAGAGCUGUAUCGCCUGCCUCCAGCAUCAGCUGCUGCCACCUCCCAGGGCCCCAGCGCUGCCUCAACCUCCUCUGAGCCUGGGGAUAAUGGUGACUAUACAGAGAUGGCAUUUGGUGUGGCUGCAACCCCACCACAACCGAUUGCAGCACCCCCAAAGCCAGAGGGUACCAGAGUAACCAGCCCCACAUCGGGCCUGAAGAGACUGAGUCUCAUGGACCAGGUGUCUGGGGUGGAGGCCUUCCUGCAGGCCACCCAGCCCCCUGACCCCCACCGGGGGGCCAAGGUCAUCCGUGCAGACCCACAAGGUGGACGUCGACGCCAUAGCUCUGAGACCUUUUCUUCGACCACCAUGGUCACCCCGGUGUCCCCGUCCUUUGCUCACAACUCCAAGCGUCACAACUCGGCCUCUGUGGAAAACGUCUCUCUCAGGAAAAGCAGUGAGGGCAACAGCAGCAGUCUCCUGGGAGGGGGCCUUGCAGGAGGUGAUGAGCAACCCACAUCCCCGGCACAGGGACCACAUUCACUGGCCGUGCCCCCUACACCACAGGCUAGGCCCUGGAGCCCAGGUCAGCCUGGAGGUUUGGUUGGCUGUCCUGGGGGCAGUAGUUCUCCCAUGCGCAGAGAGACCUCCGCAGGCUUCCAGAACGGCCUCAACUAUAUCGCCAUUGAUGUGAGAGAUGAGCAAGGGCUGUUGUCCCAGCCUCAGACGCAGCAUCCACAGCCAGGAGACAAGAGCUCCUGGGGCCGGACCCGUAGCCUUGGGGGGCUCCUCAGCACCGUUGGAGGCAAUGGUACUAGCGCGGUGUGUGGGGGCCCAGGCCCUGGCACCUUACCCUCCGCCAGCACCUACGCUAGCAUCGACUUCUUGUCUCAUCACUUGAAGGAGGCCACAGUCGUGAAAGAGUGAAGCACCACCUGGUCCAUGCCACCAAGUUCAACUCAGAAUCCAUUACAAAGGAGAUGCUUGGAGUGUUUCCAGCCCAACACUGCUCACCCUUCCUUUCGGACCAGAGCAGUUCUACAUUUUCAGACUUCUGUGAAUUGUGUCACACAAGGAACCAAGAGGCAAGGCUGCCUCUCUCACCUGUUCCCAAGUGGGGCACCUGUCAUCACCCCACUGUUUGUGUUGCAUUUUCUUGUUGUUGUUAGCUAACUGAAUGAAUUGAUGGGGUUACACUCCAGGAGAUUGAAUAUUUUUAUUGGCCUUCUCAAAUUGUGGCCAUUGUCUUUAUUUUUUUCUUACUUUCAUUUUGGCAAAGUGGAUUAAUCCCUCGGCAUGCAAGGAGAUGCUUCAAGGCCCACAAAAGUGGUCAAAUCUGGUAUUUACUGGUUUAUGCUCAAAACUACCACAGUCCUACCUCAGUUCAUGAGAAGCCGGAUUGCAUGGCAGGGUACAGGGGGACCUCUGGCAACUCUACCCUAGGGUCACAUGCAGACCAUAUUUAAGUAGGUGUGGGUUCCAGUGCAGGUACCUGCGAUGUUUACUUACACAAGGAACCUAGUGUGGGACUGAAUUCUCCAUGGGAGUGAAAUCUGGGAUUGGACUUCAAAAACAGAUUAAUCCUAAUAAUUCUUAAAUGUGACUUGAGCAACCUCCUUUUGAAAAUCAUCAACCAUAUUGGGUAGUGGGGGUGGGUGGGAGCAUGGGAGGGGGUGGAUCUUUCUUUGUACCUUUGACAGGCUUGUUGACUCUUCUCUGUAUAUGUUCAUGUAAGUACUUAAGAUCGCAAAAGCCUUUUGUCCUAUCCACAAGCUGGGGUGUCUUCAGCUGUUUCUGAAUCUUGGCUCGCAUUUCUUUAACCAAAAACUCAUGUAGGCAUGCUCGCAACUCAAGACUGGUUGGGUUUGGUAGAUUUCAUUUUUUAAAUGUAUUAUCUUUGAUAUAAUGUUACUGUGUUGGCCAACAAGGCUGCGCAGAAGAGAGAAGGGGGGGGGGAUGUACUAUUGAUGGAAAAGAAAAACCAUCUCUCAACGGUACACAUCACUUGUCAAGAUCAACAAGACUACCCUGGUUCUCUGUUUUCAGUGUUCUGAUCAGUGUUGUGGUAGUUAUUUCAGGUGUCUAGACCCGGAAGUGCUGAGCUUGCUGGCAGAACUUUGCUGCUCCCCACACAUGUGGCUGGAGGCCUGCCUCCCCUCACUCCCCCCAGUGCCUGUCUCCCUAAUAGUCCUGUAGAGACCACACUAAUUCUUGGAAAUGUGAGUUGUUGGUUUAUUUUUUACCAUUGUUGUUUUGUUUUUGUUUGGGAGAAAAAAUACACAUAUAUAUAUAAAUAUAUAGAUAUAUAUCACUAUAGAAUAAUGCAUUAAUAAAAUGAGGCUUUUAGAGGAAGACCAAAAAAUUCUGUGUCUUAAAAAUAUAUAUAAUGGCAAUGCAACUGUCUUCCUGCUUCCAUGCUGAACUUGUAGAACAGAGGAUUGUAUUGAAGACAACGUUGAAUGUAAAUUGAUCCCCCUGUGCAUUUUCAAGGUUUUUCUUUCUGAAGUUACACAUCACAGCAGUAUGCGUAGGCCAUACGAUCUAGACUGAAGGUCUGUUCUGAUGUUUGAUAUACCUUAUUGGGAUGUAGAAAAUCUGAAUUUUUACUUAAGUGUUGGGACUAGGAAUCGGCGCUGUGUUUGCUGCAUAACUCCCGCAGGGACAGUAGAACUGAUGCAGACCUGCUGACCACAGUGCACGAGGCAGAUGUGACACGCCCUCUAUGUUGGGAGCACUCACCACAGGACACAGAUGGCUCGUGUCCCCAUUGCAGCGGAAACAAGUGGCGUGAAAAGUGGAGACUAUGAAGUUCUCCUUAUCCUGUACAUUUCAAGAGAAGAAGGCAUAUGCAAUAUUUACAUUCUUAAUUUAGUUUACAGAAUGGAACCAAAAUGUAUAAAUGUUAUGUUUGCUAAAACUUCACAAUGUAUAUUGGGUCUUUGUACAUUUUGCCUGAAUUAACCGUAAAUUUAAAAUAUUUUUUGCUAUAUGAACUUUAACAGUUAUUAAACAGUGUUUUUCUUUUGGGUACAUAUUGUUUCUGGAUAUCAAGGUGUUAAAUAUAUUUCUUGCUAUUGUGUUAUGACAAGAGACCUACCCUCCCUGCUGUCUUCCACUGUCCAUGCUGUAUAUAGGGGUCACGUGGCGCCGCUGGAGAUGAGAAUAAACUGGAGUAGACUAGUA